AUGGAGUCUAAUAAACAACCACGUAAAAUCCAAUUAUAUACGAAAGAAUUUUAUGCCACAUGUACGUUAGGUGGUAUAAUUGCGUGUGGCCCGACGCAUUCUUCAAUUACCCCAUUAGAUCUUGUAAAAUGUAGACUACAGGUCAAUCCAAAAUUGUAUACCUCAAAUUUGGAUGGGUUCCGUAAAAUUAUUUCUAAUGAAGGUUGGAAAAAGGUUUACACUGGGUUUGGUGCUACAUUCGUCGGAUAUUCGCUACAAGGUGCAGGUAAGUAUGGUGGUUAUGAGUAUUUCAAGCAUUUAUAUUCUAAUUGGUUAAGCCCCGGUGUCACAGUGUACCUAAUGGCCUCAGCAACCGCUGAAUUCCUCGCUGACAUAAUGCUGUGUCCAUUUGAAGCUAUUAAAGUGAAACAGCAAACUACAAUGCCGCCCUUCUGCAAUAACGUUAUUGAUGGUUGGAAGAAAAUGUAUGCAGAAAGUGGAGGUAUGAAAGCAUUCUAUAAAGGUAUUGUUCCUCUAUGGUGCAGACAGAUUCCGUACACAAUGUGUAAGUUUACCUCGUUUGAAAAAAUUGUCCAAAAAAUAUAUAGUGUUUUACCCAAAAAAAAAGAAGAAAUGAACGCAUUACAGCAAAUAUCAGUCAGUUUUGUAGGUGGUUAUCUGGCAGGUAUAUUAUGUGCUGCAGUCUCACAUCCUGCAGAUGUUAUGGUUUCCAAAAUCAAUAGCGAGAGGAAGGCCAACGAGUCCAUGUCUGUUGCUACUAAAAGAAUAUAUCAGAAAAUCGGGUUUGCUGGCUUGUGGAAUGGGUUAAUGGUAAGAAUUGUCAUGAUCGGUACUUUGACAAGUUUCCAAUGGCUAAUUUACGAUUCGUUCAAGGCCUACGUAGGCUUACCAACCACCGGUUAG